AUGGCAUGCAGUGUUACAUAACCUCCCCUCUUUUGUUGUUUCCUGUAUAAGACACACGGUGCAGCAGGGAGAAGUUCCACUCUUCGGCUGACGUUAGAAGAGGAUCGAACUUGUUGCUGAAACCUUUCGCAGCUGGUCGAGAUGAAGAAGAAGCUGAUCCUCGACGUGGACACCGGGGUGGACGACGCUCAGGCCAUCAUGAUGGCCCUCGCCGCCCCCAACGUGGAGAUCCUGGGGAUCACCUGCAGCCACGGCAACACGAAGCUGGACAACGCCUGCAGGAACACGCUGCGCGUGCUGAAAGCCUGCAACCGCCUGGAUAUCCCGGUGUACCGCGGCUGUACGGUCCCAUUGCUAGGCAUCCAACGCCACGCGGGAGAUUUCCACGGAAAGGACGGGCUGGGCGACGCCCCUGAUCCUGACGCUCCGGGCCUGGAGCUGCUGCAGAAGAGGAGUGCUGCGCAGGCCUUAAUUAAGAUUGCCAACCAGCAUCCUGGAGAGGUGAGCCUGGUUGCUACGGCGCCCCUCACCAACCUGGCCCUCGCUGCACAGCUGAACCCCUCCUUCCCCAAGAACCUGAAGGCGCUCUACAUCAUGGGAGGAAACAUGGAAUCCAGGGGCAACACCACGGUGUGCGGGGAGUUCAACUUCGUGGCCGACCCCGAGGCGGCCUACAUCGUGCUUGACCGCUUCACCUGCCCCACCCACAUCGCCACCUGGGAGUUCAGCUGCAAAAACAGCCUGCCGUGGUCUUUCUGCGACACCUGGUUGGCCCAGGACACCGACAAGGCCCGUUUCAUGGAGAGGAUCUCCCACCAUACCAGAAUGAUAGUCCAGACCGAGCGGUAUCAAAAGGAGCUGGUGUCGGGACCCGGGUUCAACACCUGUGACACCUACGCUCUGGCUGCGGCCGUCGACGACGCGCUGGUGACGGAGAGCGAAGAGGUGGCAGUGACGGUGGAGUUGGAAGGGAAGCACACCCGAGGCAUGAUGGUGCUGGACUACAUGGACCUGCUGAAGAAGAAACACAAGGUCUUCGUCAUGAAGAGCAUCAACUUGGAGAAGUUCAAGCAGCUGUUGACGAACGCACUGAAAUGAUGCCGACGGCUCCUUCGAAAACGGCUCACGCCGAGGGAGAAACUCUGAACGGAGGGCGUCUUUGCUGCUGACAAAAAUCACUUAUUCCAAAUUUCCUGUCAAGUAUCUUCUUUGUCUGGGUUUGUAAUGAGUCCUGUUGAGCUACAUUGUCUCAUUUAAGGGAGUUUUUUCCAUCCGUUAUUGACAAUGUAAUUGAUUUUUGAAUGUUGUCAAAUAUAAAGACGUUAAUUCAUCCAUA